AUUCUGACAUUAACUGUUAUAUAUAUAUAUAUAUAUAUAUACAUACAUAUACACACACACACACACAUUUAGUGGGGUCCUAGCACUAGUCUGGUCAUAUUUUAGGGCUCUUGCUGUCUGGCCUCCAAGUUCUCGAAUACCCUGGUGUAGAGGAAGUUGAGGAACUCUAAAUAUGGUGUAUUCGAGUAGGCAGAUCAUCACAUCAAAGAGAAGAAAUGCAAAGCAUCACAAACAGGAAACGCAAGGCUUGUCUUGUGUUUUUGUGCCGAGUACUCAGGUCGGGUAAAAACACUUGACUGAGUUUCCAUCAAAUGUUGCUGUCGAUCCACAAUGACGACGUCCCAGAAACACAGACGAUUCUGCUGUGAGCCGAUGGGGGACAAACUCGUGUAUGAUCUUCCUGGAAUAGGACCUGUGCUGGGUGGACGACUGCAGAACAAGGGUCUAAUAAGAGCGCGGGAUGUCCUGGGACGAUUUCUAAUUUUGAACAAGGAUGAGUGGAAGUUUAAGAGCUGGCUAAGAGACUCGUGUGGAGCAAACGCAAAGCAGCAGAGAGACUGUUACAACUGUCUGAGAGAAUGGACUAGCAAUAAUCUGUGAAGAGGUUUAUCUAAUAAUUAAUACUGCAUGUUUCAUCUUCCUGUUCACGUUCAUUAUACUGUUAACUAACAUACCCUCAUUAUUUUAUCUAGUAUUUUACUCAUUUUUUUAUUGUUGUUGAUUGCUUGAUUCUGAUUUUCUGAUGAAAACUAGUUUUUUUAUCAGGGUAAACCCAGUGAUAAAGUAGUUCCGGAAAGGUCUUGUAUGGAGCUAGAUUAGUCUCAAAAAUAACGCAUUUACAAAAUAAAAUUCAUACAUUCACAGCACAUUUCACAUAAUCCAGUUAAUAAAUUCAAAUCACAAAUUGUGUAUUUAUGAAUUGUGUAUUGACUUUCAAAAUUGGAUGUGUGUAUUUAUCAUACCUGUCAACAUUGGGAUGUAAAAAUGCGGGAUUCCCCAAAUUGACUA